GGCACAGAGCACAGUAAAGGACGUCUGCAAGUGCAACGAGCUCAUUACAAAUGUGAAGUUUCUGUAAAUUUGUAUACGUCACCUUUUUUGUGGAUAUGAAGCAAUAAAAGGAACCUUUCUUAAAGUCUUUGUUUUAGUUGUUUGAAUUUAACUGUAGAGCGUAACCGUUCCUUUGAGGCACGUAAUAGACUACAACAGCGAUGGAGCUAAAAAAUGCAGAAAACAUGAAAUACAUUAGCCUUGUUACCCUGACUGUACAAAAUGCAGCACUUGGGUUGAGCAUGCGGUAUGCCAGGACAAGGGUGGGAGAUAUGUUUCUCUCCUCUACAGCUGUCUUGAUGUCAGAGUUUGUGAAGCUAUUAUCAUGCCUUUGGCUUGUAUACCAUGAGGAAGGAAAUUCACUUAUAAAACUCAAAGAAGCUAUAAACAUUCAGAUAAUCAAACAACCUCUUGAUACAUUGAAAGUUUGUGUACCUUCAAUGGUCUAUGUUGUGCAAAACAAUCUACUAUAUGUUGCCGCAUCCCAUCUCGAUGCAGCCACAUAUCAGGUCACAUAUCAAUUGAAGAUUCUCACUGCUGCCCUCUUCACAGUGGCUAUAUUGAAACGGCAGUUGAUAACUACUCAGUGGAUAGCAUUGGUGGUGUUGCUUGUUGGUGUUGCUAUGGUUCAAUUAGCCCAGACCGAGCCGGAAAAAUCCGAUAAAACAGUCCCAUCUGGUCCUGAGCAGCACCGAUGGAUUGGCUUCGGUGCCGCGUUGUCCGCCUGUGUAUUGUCUGGGUUUGCCGGCAUCUAUUUUGAAAAAAUUCUUAAAGGAUCCAAUGUUUCAGUAUGGAUGCGAAAUAUCCAGCUAAGCUUUCUGUCUCUUCCAUUCGGCUUGUUCACCUGUUUGCUUUACGACUGGAGCACCAUUAGUUCGCAAGGAUUCUUUUUCGGGUAUGACGCUUUCAUUUGGUACCUCGUGACCCUUCAAGCAACGGGAGGACUGUUGGUAGCUAUGGUCGUUAAAUACGCAGACAACAUCCUGAAAGGAUUUGCGACUUCAUUGGCAAUCAUAUUGUCAUGCGUGCUGUCCAUUUACCUAUUCGAUUUUCAUUUGACCCUACAGUUUUCCCUUGGUACAUUACUAGUAAUGGGUUCAGUGUUCCUCUACAGCUAUACUCCACCCAAGAACGUGCAUGCUCAGACUGCUAAAAUUUGAGACUAGCUUCUCAAAAGUUGCUCGCUAUUCCAUAUCUGGAAGUUAAUACUGUCCAUUUAUUGCACAUUAUAAUAUUUGCUGUUUUCGUUUACCUAUGGUGGUGGUGGACAAGAAUGUUGAAACUAUUUUUCCCAGUUAUUGUUGCUGCAUCAGGUGCGAUAGCCAUACGCCUCUCUUUCUAUACAUUGUGUUACGUUUGAAAAUCCAA